AUGGCUGAACUGUACAGCAACAGAGCACAUGCACACCUUUGUUUGGGUGAGGCUGUUUGUAUUUUCCAGGGUUUAGUAGGUUGCGUACUUGUAAGACUUUCAAUUAAUUGCUAUCAGGUGUUGUGCUUGUUCAAAGCCCUCACUAUUGUUUUGAUACAAAGAGGAACAUAACGUGUUGUUUGAUUGAUUGACUUGGCCUGCUGACAACACAAGAUAAUAUUUUAUUUGAGGUCUUAUACCACCAUGGUUCAUCAACGUUUUCCAAAUAAUUCAAAAUUACAAAAUAUACUAGUUAUUAAUUACACUACGACACCCGGGAGGGGGGCAUUCUCUAUACAUGGAAGCUCCGCCCGAAAGCGGUACCUUGGUAUAUGAAAGAGAGGGGAAUUCACGAGUUAAUUAUAUAGCAUGGUAGAAAAAUCUAUCUUUUGAUUAUUUCGAAAAGGCACACGAUAUUUUAGGUGUUAUUUUUCAAUGGAAGGUAUACGACGGGGGGACCUUUUCUGUCACAAAUGGUAUAUAAAAGCGUAAGGGGUUGGACCUCAGGGCGGAGCCUCCUCGCAUGGAACUGUGUUGAGGGCUUUCCCAGUUUUUUUUUUUUUUACACUUUCGAAAGCUAUCUCGCCUUAACCGAUUGUAUUUGCUUUAAGUUGUGAUUACCUUGCCGCACCUGUUGUGACUGUGUUUGGGUUUGUUUUUCAAAUAUUUUUUAAAGGAAAUUACAGUGACUCACUGAGAGAUGCAAAAGAUGCUACUGACAUACGGCCAUCGUCACUCAAAGCGAUAAUAACAGGUGAUUUUAUACCUACAAUAGUCUCUUAGGUUUACCUUGAUAAUGCCAUUACGUUCAAAGAGAAGAGUUCGCAUUACCAGGACCUCUCGGAAGCACCACACCCUUGUAUAUCGUAGUUUGGCUAUGCAAAGCGUUUUGAAACCGAAAUUUCAGGGUUCAGUAUUAAGGUCAACGUGGUAGUAAUUGUGCCCAUGGUUACGGUUGCUUGAAAAAGGGCAUAUGACAAUAAGCGUAUAGCACAUUUAGUAAGAGUAUAGACUGUGGAUAUGACGUGAUGAGCCGCGAUUUAUUUUUCUCUGUCUCCCGCGCGUGAUUUUCCAAGAAACUUUGCUCGGAAGUCAAGUAAUAACUGUCAAUGUUAUUGUAAAAAAAAAAAAAAGAAAAGAAUAUUGUUGUCCGCGAGCGUUUGUUAGUUUCUUGUCAGAAACUGCCAGGGAUGGAUACGCCUGAGAUGCCAGAUUUGAGGAAGCUUUACUGUAUGCUGCUGUUUUACUGAAUUAUAUAUUUACAUAUUUCAGGAGCUAAAGCCUCUUUGAAGAUGAAUAUGUUUGAAGACGUGAUCGCGUGGUGUGAAAGAGGAUUAGAAGUAUCCUUAUGUUCAAACUUUUCAACUCAAUUGUAAAAAGGUGUUGAAACGUGUUCAUUAUACGCAUCAUUCUACAUUCCCGGUUAAAAUUGUUGAAACCCUUGCGAACUUCUUCUCCCCUCCCCCGUUUUAAGACGUUUUAUGCGUAAGCAAACCCGUGACACCAACAUUAGGGGAUGGAGAGGGAAGCAAUACGUGUAUUCGUGGAACGACUUAUUUUAUCUUGACUUUGCAUUAAGAAUCCUGAAUUUUCCGCAAAUGGGCGGCAACAUCCCCACCAAACCGGCCAGUGGUGUUUAUCAAGUGAGGAUAAAGGGUCUUUCUGGUGUUUAUAUAUCUCAACUGGUGAGAUAUGCUAGGAUCUGCUCGUCAAAGGUGGACUUUCUUGAUAGACUUCGCCCACUUUCUUCUACGUCUAAAUCAACAACCUUGAAAAACAACCUUGCCCAGUUGUUCGAAUGCCGGCUAGCGCUAGCCCGGGUUUCCUCUAUCGGAUAAUUUUCUCUAUUCUUUUUAGAGUAUCCAAUCACGAAAUUGUAGGCAAAGAGAAUUAAACUGAAUUUGAUUUUUAAGCUCUCAUAUUUGAGUUCAAAUUUAGCACUAACCCUGGGUUAUCUUAACCCAGCUUCGAACAACCCGGCUCAGCUUUUUGAAAAUCCACUCUACUUCUCAAAUCCUUGAAAAAAUUAUUCAAGCGCCAUGGAAUUAUCAUCGAUAAGUAUCAAACUUCACUACAGGAGAUGAGACUGGAACUUUUAAAAUAUGCGCACACUCUCUUUUAUUAUUUAAUUGACGGGUGUGUUUAAAUCGUUAUUUAACGCAUUAAAAGUUUUUUUGGGGUUGUUUUCCUACUCAUAUACCUUGUCCGUGACUGUGCUCACAUUGUGAGUGGCUCCUCCUAAAAUGUUCUACAAUUGGUAUAGGAUUUGAUGGAGCCGAGACCAAUUAUGGAAUUGCACACCGUUUUUAGGCAUCCUACAAGGAGCCACAGGCUCCUGAUCCUACUGAAGAACUGUUACGACUUUUAGAUAUUUCCAGCAACAACAAUUUGCCGUCUGUCCUCUUUGAAAUGUAUUUUCGGAAGUGUUUCAACAAAUUAUGACCGGGAUUGUAGCCUUACGAUCUAGGUUUCAAAAAGAACUGUGUUUUCUCGAAUUUUUGGUUCAUAUGUGGAACUAAAAGCAGGGAAAAAGAUGAAGGUCACUUCUCUAAACAGAGAUGUGCAUGCUUGUUAUCGACUAACCUCUCUUUUGAGUAAAGGAAGCAUGGAGGAACGCCAAGUUCAAGUCUAGUUUCUUUCUUAAAACCUUAACAAUUUUUUAAGAUUGACAUGGAAAACCAAACCUUGCUGGAACUGAGGAAACAGGCGUUAACAAGCGCAGAAGAAGAAAACAUUCGUUUAGGAAAUACAGUCAUCGAAAACAAGGUGUCUUUCUUUAAAAUAAACGUUUUUGUUUGAUUGUAUGCCAUAUAGAAAUUCUCUUCAUAUUUGACACAGUUGAGUUUAGUCAAAGGGAAAACUUUGUUAAGGCGAUUGGUGUGGCGGAUUUAGUCAUAUCUUUUGGCUGGGGUUUAACCACACAUGAAGAUCAAUCGUCAUUCUCUAAUCAGCUUCCGCAGAUGUAGUUUACUAGAAUGACGUUAAUAAAUCGCGCAGAGGGUUCAGAUAGAUGAGCUAAGGGAGCCCAUGGAAGCCAAUAAGGCCUACGACAAAAAGAGUUUUUUUUUUUCAUGUUAACUGAAAAUACAACUUGCUGUCUAAGUUACAUUUGUGAACGGUUUAAAUGAAUUGAUACUGGCUACAAUUUUGGAAGAUGUCGUGGCCCGUUUUUCGUACGAGACGUAAAUACAAACAUAAGACAACAUUUACCUAGUCCCCAGGCCUCAUUAUUCCGCGCAGCCAAUGCGUUUCCGGUUGUGGUAAGAACGAAUUCGAACGAGUCUGAACGUUAUUCGUCUCGCUUACGUCACCGAAAUGCAUUGACCGAGAACAGACUAGCUAGGGAAAGAGAGCAACGAGAACAAUCGAUAUAUCACUUGUUUUGGUAUUUAAGUGCCAAUGUAGCUUUGGGAAUCUAUUUCAAAAAUUCCCUUGAAACUAAGUGAUCACAAUUUGAGCCCAAAACCAUUUCAAAGUUUUAGCCCCUGACUCUAUGUUACUCCAUGCGACAAUUAAACUAUUUUGGCAGCAAUUUUAAGUUUAAAAAGUUAAUAAUAAUAGAACAGUCGCAACUUGGGGCUUCAAGAAUUUUUAUGAAUUAACAGUUAGCUACAGUUUGCAUUAUACUUUCUCACCAGCUUUUUCAAGUCACACACAUUCUCUAGAAUGAUCUCCAUACCUUUCCGUAAAGUUAUAAGAAUUUGAUAAAAGAUCUAAGCAUUUCCCUUUGGUCAUUAUUCAAUUUAUCAAUUUUUAUAACCUUUUGUCUCGAUGAAGUAUUGAUAAUGUUGAGAGAAAAAAACUUUGCUUCCAUUGCAUAAUCUCGACCAUUAUUAUUAUUAUUAUUAUUAUUAUUAUUAUUAUUGUUAGACGGCAGACGAUUAUAGACAACUUUUAAUACUGUCGCCGGAAGUUUUAAAAAGUUUUAUAGAAAUUAAUUAAGAUAUUGUUUAAAUUUUCUAGUCUUUCCAAAAAAGCAAAAGCAAACAAGGACUAGACAGCAGCGCUUUCAAAGAGGAAGGCAUGGACAGUUAUGACCUUGCAAUCAAAGCAUUGAAAAGAGGUGAUUUCAGAGCAGCCCGGGAUUAUUAUGAGUUAGAAUUCAAGGAGGCCAAAAAGAACAAGGAAAUGGAUAGGGAAUACAAAGCAUGUAUGAACCUUGGCAGUGCUUAUCACACUCUCGGGCAGUUCCGAAAAGCAAUCGAAUUCUUUGAGCGGGCUCUUGGUAUCGCAGAAGAGACUGCAAACAAAGAUUUAGAAGGAAUAGCAUAUUUAAACCUUGGCAGUGCUUAUCACUCUCUCGGGCAGUUCCGAAAAGCAUUCAUAUUCUAUCAGCGGGCUCUUGGUAUCGCAGAAGAGACUGGAAACAAAGAUUCAGAAGGAACAGCAUAUUUAAACCUUGGCAGUGCUUAUGGCUCUCUCGGGCAGUUCCGAAAAGCAAUCGAAUUCUUUCAGCAGGCUCUUGGUAUCGUAGAAGAGACUGGAAACAAAGAUUCAGAAGAAAAAGCAUAUUUAAACCUUGGCAGUGCUUAUCACUCUCUCGGGCAGUUCCGAAAAGCAAUCGAAUUCUUUGAGCGGGCUCUUGGUAUCGCAGAAGAGACUGGAAACAAAGAUUCAGAAGGGACAGCAUAUUUAAACCUUGGCAUUGCUUAUGGCUCUCUCGGGCAGUUCCGAAAAUCAAUCAAAUUCUAUCAGCGGGCUCUUGGUAUCGCAGAAGAGACUGGAAACAAAGAUUCAGAAGGAACAGCAUAUUUAAACCUUGGCAUUGCUUAUCACUCUCUCGGGCAGUUCCGAAAAGCAAUCGAAUUCUUUGAGCGGGCUCUUGGUAUCGCAGAAGAGACUGGAAACAAAGAUUCAGAAGGAACAACAUAUUUAAGCCUUGGCAAUGCUUAUCACUCUCUCGGGCAGUUCCGAAAAGCAAUCGAAUUCUUUGAGCGGGCUCUUGGUAUCGCAGAAGAGACUGGAAACAAAGAUUCAGAAGGAACAGCAUAUUUAAACCUUGGCAGUGCUUAUGACUCUCUCGGGCAGUUCCGAAAAGCAAUCGAAUUCUUUGAGCGGGCUCUUGGUAUCGCAGAAGAGAUUAUUUUUUAAAGGAAAUUACAGUGACUCACUUAAAGAUGCAAAAGAUGCCACUGACAUACGGCCAUCGUCACUCAAAGCGAUAACAACAGGUGAUUUUUAUACCUACAAUAGUCUCUUAGGUUUACCUUGAUAAUGUCAUUACGUUCAAAUAGGAGAGUUCGCAUUACCAGGACCUCUCGCAAGCACCACACCCUUGUAUAUCGUAGUUUGACUAUGCAAAGCGUUUUGAGGCCGAAAUUUCAGGGUUCAGUAUUAGGGUCAACGUGGUAGUCAUUGUGUCCAUGUUUACGGUUGCCUGAAAAAGGGCAUAUGGCAAUAAGCGUAUAGCACAUUUAGUAAGAGUAUAGACUAUGGAUACGACGUGAUGAGCCGCAAUUUAUUUUUGUCUGUCUCCCGCGCGUGAUUUUCCAAUAAACUUUGCUGGGAAGUGGAGUUAAUAACUGUCAAUGUUAUUGUAAAAAAAGAAAAAAAAAAGAAUACUGUUGUCCGCGAGCGUUUGUUAGUUUCCUAUCAGAAACUGCCAGGGAUGGAUAAGCCUAAGAUGCCAGUUUGAGGAAGCUUUGCUGUAUGUUGCAGUUUAGUUUUACUGAAUUUUACUGAUUCACAUAUUUCAGGAGCUAAUGCCUCUUUGAAGAUGAAUAUGUUUGAAGACGUGAUCGCGUGGUGUGAAAGAGGAUUACAAGUAUCCUUAAGUUCAUACUUUUCAACUCCAUUGUAAAAAGGUGUUGCAACGUGUUCAUUAUACGCAUCAUUCUACAUUCCCGGAUAAAAUUGUUGAAACGCCUGCGAAUUUCUUCUCUCCUUCCCCGUUCCAAGACGUUUUAUGCGUAAGCAAACCCGUGACACAAACAUUGGGGGAAGAAGAGGUAAACAAUACGUGUAUUCGUGGAACGACUUAUUUUAUCUUGACUUUGCAUUCGGGAUCCUGAAUUUUCCGCAAAUGGACCGGUAACAUCCCCAUCAAACCGGCCUAUGGUGUUUAUCAAGUGAGGAUAAAGGGGUCUCUCUGGUGUUUAUAUAUCUCAACUGGUAAGAUAUGCUAGGAUCUGCAUGUCAAAGGUAGACUUUGUUGAUAGACUUUGCCCACUUUCUUCUACGUCUAAAUCAACAACUGGGCCCAGUUGUUCGAAGGCCGGUUAGCGCUAACCCAGGUUUCUUCUUCUUUUUAUCAAAAGCACUCUCUCGGAUAAUUUUCUUUUUUCUUUUUAGAGUAUCCAAUCAUGAAAUUGUAGGCAAAGAGAAUAAAACUGAAUUUGAUUUUUAAACUCUCAUAUUUGAGUUCAAAUUUAGCACUAACCCUGGGUUAUCUUAACCCAGCUUCGAACAACCCGGCCCAUCGACGGAUUCUUUACCGUUUUGAGUGCCCAGCUUUUUAAAAAUCCACUCUACUUCUCAAAUUCUUUAAAAAAUUAUUCCAGGGCCAUGGGGUUAUCAUCGAUAAGUAUCAAACUUCACUGCAGAUGAGACUGGCACUUUUAAAAUUUGCGCACACUCUCUUUUAUUAUUUAAUUGACGGGUGUGUUUAAAUCGUUAUUUAACGCAUUACAGUUUUUUGGGUUGUUUUCCUACUCAUAUACCUUGUCCGUGACUGUGCUCACAUUGUGAGUGGCUCCUCCUAAAAUUUUCUACAAUUGGUAUAGGAUUUGAUGGAGCCGAAACCAAUUAUGGAAUUGCACACCGUUUUUAGGCAUCCUACAAGGAGCCACAGGCUCCUGAUCCUACUGAAGAACAGUUACGACUUUUAGAUAUUUCGAGCAACAACAAUUUGCCGUCUGUCCUCUUUGAAAUGUAUUUACCGGAAGUGUUUCAACAAAUUAUGGCCGGAUUGUAGCCUUACGAUCUAGGUUGCAAAAAGAACUGUGUUUUCUCGAAUUUUUGGUUCAUAUGUGGAACUAAAAGCAGGGAAGAAGAUAAAGGUCAAUUCUCUAAACAGAGAUGUGCAUGCUUGUUAUUGACUAACCUCUAAUUUGAGUAAAGGAAGCGUGGAGGAAGGUCAAGUCUAGUUUCAUUGUUAACUCCUUAAUAAUUUUUUAAGAUUGACAAGGAAAACCAAACCUUGCUGGAACUGAGGAAACAGGCGUUAACAUGGGCAGAAAGAGAAAACAAUCGUUUAGGAAAUACAGUCAUCGACAACAAGGUGACUUUCUUUAAAAACGUUUUUGUUUGAUUAUAUGCCUGAACGUUAUUCGUCUCGGUUACGUCACCGAAAUGCAUUGACCGAGAACAGACUAGGCAAAGAGAGCAACGAGAACAAUCGAUAUAUCAGUUGUUUUGGUAUUUAAGUGCCAAUGUAGCUUUGGGAAUCUAUUUCAAAAAUUCCCCUGAAACUAAGUGAUCACAACUUGGGCCGAAAACCCUUUCAAAGCUUUAGCCCCUGACUCUAUAUUACUCCAUGCUACACAUGAAAAUUAAACUAUUUUGACAGCAAUUUUAAGUUUUUAACAAAUUAUUAAUAAUAGUAAAACAGUCGCAACUAGGGGCUUCAAGACGUUUUAUGAAUUAACAGUAAGCUAUAGCUUGCAUUAUACUUUCUCACCAGCUUUUUCAUGUCACACACAUUCUCUAGAGUGAUCUCCAUACGUUUCCGUAAAGAAUUAGUUUUAAGAAUUUGAUAAAAGAUCUAAGCAUUUCCCCUUUGGUAAUUAUUCAAUUUAUCAAUUUUUAUAACCUGUUGUCUUGAUGAAAUAUUGAUAAUGUUGAGAGAAAAAAAAUUGUUUCCAUUGCAUAAUAUCGACCAUUAUUAUUAUUAUUAUAAGACGGUAGACGAUUAUGGACAACUUUUAAUACUGUCGCCGAAAGCUUUUAAAAGGUUUCAUAGAAUUUAAUUAAGAUAUUGUUUCUAGUCUUUCCAAAAAAGCAAAAGCCAACAAGGACUACACAGCAGCGCUUUCAAAGAAGAUGGCAUGGACAGUUAUGACCUUGCAAUCAAAGCCUUCAAAAGAGGUGAUUUUAGAGCAGCCCGGGAGUAUUUUGAGUUAGAAUUCAAGCAGGCCAAAAAGAACAAAGAAAUGGAUAGGGAAUGCAAAGCAUGUAUUAACCUUGGCAGUGCUUAUCACUCUCUCGGGCAGUUCAGAAAAGCAAUCGAAUUCUUUGAGCGGGCUCUUGGUAUCGCAGAAGAGACUGGAAACAAAGAUUUAGAAGGAACAACAUAUGGAAACCUUGGUGCUGCUUAUCACUCUCUCGGGCAGUUCCGAAAAGCAAUCGAAUUCUUUGAGCGGGCUCUUGGUAUCGUAGAAGAGACUGGAAACAAAGAUUUAGAAGGAAAAGCAUAUCGAAACCUUGGUACUGCUUAUGCCUCUCUCGGGUAGUUCAGAAAAGCAAUCGAAUUCUUUGAGCGGGCUCUUGGUAUCGCAGAAGAGACUGGAAACAAAAAUUCAGAAGGAACAGCAUAUUUAUACCUUGGCAGUGCUUAUGACUCUCUCGGGCAGUUCCGAAAGGCAAUCGAAUUCUAUCAGCGGGCUCUUGGUAUCGCAGAAGAGACUGGAAACAAAAAUUCAGAAGGAACAGCAUAUUUAUACCUUGGCAGUGCUUAUGACUCUCUCGGGCAGUUCCGAAAGGCAAUCGAAUUCUAUCAGCGGGCUCUUGGUAUCGCAGAAGAGACUGGAAACAAAAAUUCAGAAGGAACAGCAUAUUUAUACCUUGGCAGUGCUUAUGACUCUCUCGGGCAGUUCCGAAAGGCAAUCGAAUUCUAUCAGCGGGCUCUUGGUAUCGCAGAAGAGACUGGAAACAAAAAUUCAGAAGGAACAGCAUAUUUAUACCUUGGCAGUGCUUAUGACUCUCUCGGGCAGUUCCGAAAGGCAAUCGAAUUCUAUCAGCGGGCUCUUGGUAUCGCAGAAGAGACUGGAAACAAAAAUUCAGAAGGAACAGCAUAUUUAUACCUUGGCAGUGCUUAUGACUCUCUCGGGCAGUUCCGAAAGGCAAUCGAAUUCUAUCAGCGGGCUCUUGGUAUCGCAGAAGAGACUGGAAACAAAAAUUCAGAAGGAACAGCAUAUUUAUACCUUGGCAGUGCUUAUGACUCUCUCGGGCAGUUCCGAAAGGCAAUCGAAUUCUAUCAGCGGGCUCUUGGUAUCGCAGAAGAGACUGGAAACAAAAAUUCAGAAGGAACAGCAUAUUUAUACCUUGGCAGUGCUUAUGACUCUCUCGGGCAGUUCCGAAAGGCAAUCGAAUUCUAUCAGCGGGCUCUUGGUAUCGCAGAAGAGACUGGAAACAAAAAUUCAGAAGGAACAGCAUAUUUAUACCUUGGCAGUGCUUAUGACUCUCUCGGGCAGUUCCGAAAGGCAAUCGAAUUCUAUCAGCGGGCUCUUGGUAUCGCAGAAGAGACUGGAAACAAAAAUUCAGAAGGAACAGCAUAUUUAUACCUUGGCAGUGCUUAUGACUCUCUCGGGCAGUUCCGAAAGGCAAUCGAAUUCUAUCAGCGGGCUCUUGGUAUCGCAGAAGAGACUGGAAACAAAAAUUCAGAAGGAACAGCAUAUUUAUACCUUGGCAGUGCUUAUGACUCUCUGGGGCAGUUCCGAAAAGCAAUCGAAUUCUAUCAGCGGGCUCUUGGUAUCGCAGAAGAGACUGGAAACAAAAAUUCAGAAGGAACAGCAUAUUUAUACCUUGGCAGUGCUUAUGACUCUCUCGGGCAGUUCCGAAAGGCAAUCGAAUUCUAUCAGCGGGCUCUUGGUAUCGCAGAAGAGACUGGAAACAAAAAUUCAGAAGGAACAGCAUAUUUAUACCUUGGCAGUGCUUAUGACUCUCUGGGGCAGUUCCGAAAAGCAAUCGAAUUCUAUCAGCGGGCUCUUGGUAUCGCAGAAGAUACUGGAAACAAAGAUUUAGAAGGAACAAUAUAG